CCGAUCCCGGUAUCCGGCUCCCCCCAUCCCGGCCAUGGUCCCCCCGCGGGGCGGGGCCUGAACCGGGCCCGUUCCCCCUCCCUGGAGCCGCGAUGGGAACGUCCGUGGGCUGAACCCCAGGCCCUGCGGUGACGCCCGAAAGGGACCAGGAUGGAGCCUUGAGAGGAGGCGCCGCGGGGCGCAGGAUGGCGAAGCUGCUGGUGCCGCUGGUGGUGCUGGGGGCGGUGGCGGGGGGGCCCCCCCGCUGCCCCCCACGCUGCCUGUGCCCCGCGGCGGCACCGAGCCCCACGCUGCUGUGCGCCCGCACGGGGCUGCUGGCGGUGCCGCCACUGCUGGACCGCGGCGCCGUGGAGCUGCGCUUGGCUGACAACUUCAUCGGCGCCGUCGGCCGCUCCGACUUCGCCAACAUGAGCAGCCUCGUGCACCUCACGCUGUCCCGCAACGGCCUCCGCCGCCUGGCGCCCGGCGCCUUCGCCGACCUCCGCGCCCUCCGCGCCCUGCACCUGGACGGCAACCGGCUGCCGGCGCUGAGCGGCGCCCAGCUCCGCGGCCUGGCCAACCUGCGCCACCUCAUCCUGGCCAACAACCAGCUGGCCGCCAUCGAGCCGGCCGCCUUCGCCGCCUUCGCCGCCACCGUGGAGGACCUGGACCUGUCCCACAACAACCUCCCGGCGCUGCCCUGGGACGCCAUGGCCUCCAUGGCCAGCUUGGCCACGCUCACGCUGGACCACAACCUCCUGGAGCGCAUCCCCGCCGGCACCGUGGCGCGGCUGCCGCGCUUGGCGCGCCUGGACCUCACCGCCAACCGCCUCCGCGCGCUGCCGCCGGUGCCGGGGCCGCCGGGUCCCACGUUGGCGGCGGGGGGGAACCCGCUCCAUUGCAACUGCGAGCUGCUUUGGCUGCGCCGCCUGGCGCAACCGGACCGCCUGGAGAGCUGCGCCUCGCCGGCACCGCUGGCCGGGCGCCUGCUGUGGGCCGUGCCCGAGGAGGAGCUGACGUGCAGCGCUCCGGCCAUCGCCGCCGCGGCCGCGCACCCGCCCGCCGUCAUCGAGGGGCAGCCGCUGAGGCUGGCGUGCGCCGCUGGGGGGGACCCGCCACCGGCGCUGCAUUGGCUGGGGCCGGACGGGCGCUUGGUGCAGAACGGGACUCGCCGCGCCGUGGGCCACGACGGCACCUUGGAGCUGCGGGUGGCCACGCUGGGCGACCACGGCGCCUUCACCUGCGUGGCCUCCAACGCCGCCGGCGAGGCGGCCGCGCGCGUGGCCGUGGCGGUGCUGCCGCUGCCGGUGCCUCACGGUGACACCGGCGAUGACGCCGCUGCCGCCGCGGGGCCCGGCGCCUCGGACAUGGCACGGGCCGGGGGCAAUGAGACGUGGGCGCCGGGCGAGCGGCGCGUGGUGGCGGCCGAGGUGACGGCGGCGUCGGCGCGGAUCCGGUGGCUGCCGCAGCGCCACGUGCCCGGUGUCCGCGUCUUCCAGAUCCAGUACAACAGCACUGGGGAUGAGGCGCCCGUCUACAGGCUCCUGCCUCCCUCCAGCCGCAGUUUCACGCUGCGGGACCUGGCCGCGGGCCGCGAGUAUGAGCUCUGCGUGGCGGCGCUGCGGGCCGGGGGGGUGGGCCCGGCUCCGGCUCCGGCUCCGGGCCCGGCCGCUCCCUUCGCGCACCCCUUGGGCUGCGUCCGCUUCAGCACCGGGGCCGCGGGCUCCGCGUCCCCCCCGGGCUGCUCCGCGCUGCCGCGGGCGCCCUUCCUGGGCGGCACCGUCAUCAUCGUCAUCGGCGCCGCCAUCGCCGCCUCCGUGCUGCUCUUCAUCCUCAUCCUCACCGCGCGGUACAAGGCGGCCGCGCGCCGCGGGCCCGCGCUCGCCAGCGCCUGCUCCCAGACCAACGGCGGCCCCCGGACCCCGGAGCCGGAGCCGGAGCCGAGCCCGGAGCCGAGGAGCCCGGAGCAGAGGAGCCCGGAGCCGCCCGCGGUGCCCCCGGCGCUGGGCUCCGGCAGCCACAGCUUCCCCCGGCGCAACCGGAGCCGGCGCCACGGCUCCCUCCCGCGCCUCGACCAUGGCGGGGAUGCGGUGCCCACGCUGCGGCCGAGCUUCGGCAGCACCCAUUGGAUGCUGGAGAGCACCGUGUGA